AUGCUCUACCACGCACUCCUCUGGCUUUACACGUCCUACAGGGAAAGCGCUACCGCAACCAUCGCUGCUCGUCUUCAAGCCAGCGCCGCCAUCGUCCUUCAAUUCUUGGCUUUGCUCUCUCCCGAGAGUGCGCCGGUUUACGAUCGUCUUACGCUUCGCGGGGCUGGCAGCGUCAUCAUUCCCACUGGACACUCGCAGAUCAAUGCGCAUCUCGCCGUCAUCCCUGGCCUCUUGGUCUCUUGGCCAUCUGUUCGCGCUCGCUCCUUCGAUGACGCCGAACCAAUUCCAUCUGUCAUCGAGACUGGCCUCACCGUCUACACCGGCUUUCCUCUUGCCGUCAUCCCGUCGUCAAUCCCGACGUCAACCCCGACCGAGAAUGCCCUAGUCACGGCCUCCGGUUCAACAGCCGGCUCGACCUUACUGGGCGCAUACCUUAUCGACGCGGUCAUUGUCUCGUUUCUGGUCUGGCUCGUUCAAGCUACCGCCGCGGCGGUUCGUAACGCCUACCAGGACGAGGACGAGGAUAUCCCCGAAGUUUAUCCUCAAUGGGCAUACACCGCCGAGCUCACCAGCAUGUCUACCGACCUUCAGCUUGAGUUCCUCGACAACGACUCGCCGCCUCAAACGCAACCCUCGGAGAAGGUUGACCGGGCCCCCAUCUGGGAGCCUGUCGUCUUUAAGCUCUUCCAACUCCUCGUAGCCCUCAACUUCAAGUACACCGCCGCCGUAUGCCCGCCGCCCACCGCGCUUCUCGAUGCUACCAUCCGCCAUCAAGAAGCCCAGAUCCGCAUCUUUUCCCUGACCCUCGACUACGCUACGCUCUCCAGCAACCUCGAUAUCCUCCGCACCCAGAACGCCGGUAACCAACACACUAUCUCAGCCCUCCGCAAUGAAGUCGUAACCCUUGAUGUUCGUCUUAAGACGAGCCAGGAUGAGGUCCUUCAUGUGCACGGCGAGAACGGCAAGCUGGGAGAGGAAGUCAAGGAGCAGCAAGUAGUGAUCGAGGCGCAGGCGAUAAAGAUCGGCGAGCAGGAGGCGUGCACGGCGGAUGUUACUGCGCAACGCGACGAGGAGAUCGAGGAGAACAAGGCGCUUCAGGCGAAGAACGAGGAGCUCCAGGCGAAGAUAGACGGUCUCGUAGAAGACAAGGCGCGCUUGGAAGGGGAGAGGUACGAGAUACAACAGACGGUCAACACCCAGCGCCGGGAGAUCAUCCUGCUAGGGCAAGACAACAUCAGCCUACAGGAAAACGUCGCUCGGGGACUUAAGGCUCUCAAACAACAGGAAGACAACUCCGAAGAGGACCGGGCUGUGCUCAUCGACAAAUCUCGCGCUCUCAACACAGCCAACAUCAACCUCGAGGGCGAGCUCAAGACGUCUAACGAAAUCAACGCUUCGCUGGAGACUUACAUCGGCGAACUCAAGGACGACCACCGUCAGCGUAUCAAGGCGCAGGCGAACUCGCAUGCAUCCCAGCUCUCCGCUCGCGAUCAGCAACUCGAGACUGCCCGUAAGACGGCGGCCGACGCAGAGCGGCGCGAGGUUCAGUGCCACAUCGCCCUCUACGAGGAGCGCGAUACCUCCGACGCGGAGCGCCAACGCGCCAACGCAUGUGCCACAGCUUAUGUCGAGGAGAAGCGGAAGAAUUUGAACCUUAAGGAGGUCGGACGCUCGCUUCUCGUUGACUACGCCAAAGUCCAAGAUGAGCGUGACACAUACAAGACACAACUUGAUAUCCUCCGCUUCAGUAUCCUGACUCAACCUUCCACCGAGGACGACGACACAGCAUCGACAUCGCUCGUCAUCUCAACCUCACACAGUUCGUCGACGUCGCUCGCAGUUCUUGCAUCUACGUCUCUCGACGACAUCCUCGCCGUGCAACUGCCGGCAAUCACCUCUAUCACCUCUAUCACCGGCCUCGAGCCGUACGAAGACCUCGCUCAGGCCUGCGCCAAGAUCGUCGCACCCGUAGAGGUCGACCCAUUCGACGCUGACCCGAUGUUGGUCAUGCCCACUUUCCGCUUCACGCGCUCUGCGCCGCCUACACCCAGUCGGAAGACUGUGGCUGAGAGGCAUCUUGGGUACUAUGUGCUCACGCCGUCGCUUUCUAUGCCUAUCGACAUGGACGUUUUCGGCUAG